AUGACCGUUGCACCUGCCGCUCCCCGUGGACUGACCUCCUGGUUCAGAUCCUAUGCUCGGUCGUACAUCCUAUCCGUCCUCGCGCAAGGCAUCCAGAUCGGCCAGCUAGAAAUUCACGACGGUGAUCAAUCCUAUGUGUUUGGCAAACCAUCAGAGACCAUCCCGGUAGCGCAAAUAUCUGUGUGCAGUGAGAAGUUUUGGUCGCGUUUAUUCCUAUCCAAUGAUCUCGGAUUCGCCGAGUCGUAUAUGCUCGGAGAAAUCGAGACAGAAGAUUUGCGACUCAUAUGCGACUUAUGGAUAUACAAUGCUCCAAAUCUUGGUGGACUCGCAACGACGUUCUAUAAUGCCUUUGCUACUGGCUACAAGUUCUGGAGCGGACUGUUUGGCCAAUCUCCUUCCCGAUCAAGACUGAAUGCGGUCGCUGGAUAUGAUGGCUCCAAUUCCAUGUUCAAGGCGUUCCUUAGCGAGGAGAUGAUGUAUUCGUGCGCUCUAUGGAGCGACGAGGAGGGUGGUAUAAACGGAGACCUCACUGACGACCGCAAGUCUUCCGACCUUGAGGCCGCCCAGAGGCGGAAGAUACAACAUGUGAUCGCCAAGGCUGGCAUCAAGAAAGGCGAUCGGGUGCUUGAAUUCGGCUCAGGCUGGUGCGGACUCGCCAUAGAGGCUGUCCGCACGACUGGAUGCACGGUGGACACCUUGACACUUUCCGUGGAGCAGAAAAAGCUCGGAGAAGAGCGCAUCCGGGAAGCUGGGCUGGAGGGAUCCAUUCGCGUCCAUCUGAUGGAUUACCGCAAACUGCCUCCGCACUUUGAGAAGGCGUUCGACGCGUUCGUCAGCAUUGAAAUGAUUGAGCAUGUUGGCACUCGCCAUUACAAAGAUUACUUCUCAAUGGUGGACUGGGCCCUGAAGCCGAGAAAUGCGACGGCCGUAGUGACCUCCUCAACGCUGCCAGAAGCUCGCUACACAGAAUUUCAAAACCCCGAUUUCAGCCGUUAUUAUAUGUGGCCAAACGGGGCGCUCCCUAGCGCUACCGCCCUUGUGAACGCCGCAAACUCCGCUACUUCAGGCCGCCUGCAACUUGAAGCAGUCGAAAAUCACGGACCUCACUACGCUCGAACACUGCGGGAGUGGAACCGACGCUUCCGAUUGAAUGUUCCUUCUAUCGAGCAAGACAUAAUAGAUGGCCAUCCCGAAUUCAAAGGGCACCCGCAAGUGCUGGAAGCAUUCAAACGCAAAUGGCUCUAUCUUUUCCCCUCCGCCGAAUCCGGAUUCGCCAACGGAUAUCUAUCCUGUCACAUGCUCGUGUUUGCACGCGACAUGAACACGAGAUGUUGA